CCUAAAGGUUGCAUCGAUAUUCACGUGUUUGUACGUGUUCUAGACUUCUAGCAAUGCUCCAAAAUUCUCAAAUAAAACUGGCACUUUAAUAAUAUUUAUUGUUAAUAACUGAAACAAAAAACAAAAUGAAAGUUAAAGUAUUAUCAAGAAAUCCAGAUGAACAUUUACGAGAGACUAAAAGAGAUAUUCAUAAAGUACAAAGAAAUUAUGAUAGAAACGAGCAUCCAUUUGAGGCAGCUAGAGAAUACAUGGCUGCUGUUAGAAAUGUAAAAUUAACAAGAAUAUUUGCAAAGCCAUUUAUUCAUAAUUUAGAAGGUCAUAAAGAUGGUGUUUCAUGUGUUGCAAAACAUCCUGGUAAAUUAUCAAAUUUAUUAAGUGGUUCAUUUAAUGGUGAAGUUAUUAUUUGGAAUUUACCAACUGCUAAAGCUGAAAGAACAAUACUUGCUCAUGAUGGUAUUGUACGUGGUAUUGCAUUUGAUAAUGAAGGUGAACAUUUCUUUACUGUUGGUGAUGAUACAGCAAUUAAAUUAUGGAAAACAUAUCCAAAUGAUGAUGAAGAAAUUGAAACACCAGUUAAUACUAUAAUAACAAAAGAUCCAAUAAGUGGUAUAAGUCAUCAUAAAAGUACAAAAGAAUAUGUAACAUCUAGUGAUAAUAUUGUAUCAUUGUGGGAAGAAACAAGAAACACAUCACUAAAAGAAAUAACAUGGGGAAAUGACAGAAUACAUGAUAUUAAAUUUAAUAAUGUUCAAACUAAUUUAUUUGCAUCAUGUGUUUCAAAUCGUGAUGUUAUAUUAUAUGAUAUUAGAAACAAAGCACCAAUAAGAGCUGUUACAUUGGAUUUAAAAGCAAAUAAAUUAUGUUGGAAUCCAAUGGAAGCAUAUACAUUUACAACUGCUAAUGAAGAUUUUACUUCAUUUACAUUUGAUAUCCGUCAAUUUAGUAAACCAGUUAAUAUUCAUAUGGAUCAUGUUGGUGCAGUAACAGACAUUGAUUAUUCACCAACUGGUAAAGAAUUUAUAACAGCAAGUUUUGAUAGAACAAUUAGAAUAUUUGAAACAAGUAAAGGACAUUCACGUGAAAUUUAUCAUACAAAAAGAAUGCAAAUAGUAACAUGUGUUGCUUGGUCACUUGAUAAUAAAUAUGUCAUCAGUGGAAGUGAUGAAAUGAAUUUACGUGUAUGGAAAUCAAAUGCAUCUGAAAAACUUGGUGCAUUAAAACCUAGAGAAAGAGCUGCAUUAAAUUAUAGUAGUGCAUUAAUUGAUAAAUUUGCUGCACAUCCACAAGUUAAACGUAUUGCAAGACAUCGUCAUGUUCCAAAACCAAUUUAUAAAGCUCAAGCAGAACAGAAAAGUAUACGUGAAAGAGAAAAACGUAAAGAAGCUAAUCGUCGUAGACAUUCUAAACCUGGAAGUGUUCCAUAUGUUGCUGAAAGAGCUAAACAUAUUGUUGAUGUUAAAGAAUAAUUUUAUGACAAUAAAUUUUUUAUUUAUUCAAUUAUUUCUUUAAAUUACAUGUAUAUACUUACACCUAUUUUCUUAAUUUGUUGGUGCAUCGUAAGGCUUCAACUGCAUCAAACCUUAUCCUGCUCCUGAUCUUUAAAUUAACAUCUAUGUAAAAAUAUUUUUAAUUUUGACUAUUUUAGUUUAAAUAAAAUUGU